AUGUUCACCGGUAUCGUCGAGACCGUGGGUGUUAUCCACGAGGUUGAGGAGGUUGGCCAGCACGGCGACCUCGACAUUGUCAUCUCCAACGCUGCGUCUAUCCUCGGCGAUUGUCAUUUGGGCGACUCCAUUGCUGUCAAUGGCAUCUGUUUGACAGUGACGGAGUUUUCUGAUUCCACCUUCAAAGUCGGGGUGUCCCAGGAAACUUUGCGCAAGACCAACAUUGGCAGCCUCGCCAAGGGCACCAAGGUCAAUCUCGAGAGAGCUGUGUCAGGCGAGGUCCGUUUCGGAGGCCAUAUGGUCCAAGGUCACGUUGACACCAUUGCCAAGAUCGUCUCUCGCGAACCUGACGGAGAUAGCAUCCAGUUCGGUUUCGAACUCAGAGACAAGGAACUGAUGAACUACAUCGUCCAAAAAGGCUUCAUCUGUAUCGACGGAACAAGUCUGACCGUCAUUGACGUCGACUACACCCAGGCCCGGUUCAAGAUCAUGAUGGUGGCUUACACCCAGCAAAAAGUUGUUCUGCCCCUGAAAAAGAUCGGAGAUACCGUUAACAUCGAGGUCGACCUCAUGGGCAAGCUGAUCGAGAGACAGGUCGAGGCCAACCUCCUCAGCAGUGGCAGUGCUCUACAGAAGCUUGUGGAGAACAUUGUCGACAAGCAGCUCGACAAGAAGCUCAAGCUGUUACAAAACUAG